AUGGCUUUCAAGGGUAAUGGUAAUCAAGCUUUUAAGCUUUUCUCAAAAGUGAUCGACCACGGUGUGAAACCUGAUGGCUUGGCGUUUGUUGGGGUACUGACAGCGUAUAGCCAUGCGGGGUCAGUUGAAGAGGGUUGCAUAUUUUUCCAUUCGAUGAGCAACACUUAUGGCUUCACCCCGCAAAUAGUCCAUUACGGUUGCUUGGUCGAUCUCCUUGGUCGUGCUGCUUCUAGCAGCAUUCACCGCGACAUUGAAAUGGCAGAAUAUGCAACAAAGAAAGUUCUAGAGUUGGCUACAGAGAAAAGUGGCGCUCAUGUUCUUCUAUCGAACAUGUACGCUUCAACAGGACGGUGGAAUGAUGUUACAAAGGUGAGGAUAGCUGAGAUGCUCUCCAAGAUGAGUGAAAAAGCUUCCAGUACUGGCUAUUUGCCCGAUCUGGCUAAUGUCAUGCUCAACGUCGAAGAAGAGGAGAAGGAAGAUCUUUUGAGUACGUCUUCACAGCGAGAGGAUAGCUAUUUAGCUGCGCUCAUCUUCUGCGGGUACAUCAUCUACGAUACGGACAACUUGAUAAAGAGCUACACUUAUGACGAGUACGUGUGGGCUGCGGUUGCUCUGUAUCUCAACAUCAUCAACCUCUUCUUGUCACUUUUGACCCUUUUCAGGGCAUCUGACGUUGUUAAUUGA